CUCUUGGUGUGUUCUAUCUACUAGGUAGGUCUUACAACGCAAUUUUUCAGCACUACGGACAGCGCCUAGACUCCUGCCAUAAAAUGCGGGGGUGGGGCGGCGAGCUAGGUUGGGAGCUUGGGGGGAAGGAUCCGGUUGGGUUUGCGUAGAAAAGAAAAGGUGAAGAGUAGGAGAAAACAACUCCAAAUGACGCAUGCAGUCCCCACUUAAACCAAUACACUUUCAUUCUCGUCUUUCUCUAAUCAGAUGAGAAGAAAAGAAUUUAGCGUCUAUUCCUUCACUGAGACUGCGGUGAACGAGCACAACAAAAUGCCCGCGGUUCCCAGGACACGCCUUUUACAUUGUUACCGAACCGAUCAGCGAACACGGACAAACCUGCCAACACUUAAGUCUACUGGCUGGAUUUCAUCUCCAUGGCAACAAGCAUGGAAGGGCUUUUUUAUCAUGGUUUUGUAACCUCAUGGUCUGAAUGUCUCUCAUUUUUCUAUUUCCCAGUAAACAAGAUAUUAAGAUGAUGUUUUCCCUCUGAGGCCAACAGGUGACUCCAGCAGGAAUUCUGAAGAGCCAUAAUGAUGUGACAGUGAAUAAUGAGUAGUACCUACUGUGGCAACUCCUCAGCUAAGAUGAGCGUCAAUGAAGUAUCAGCUUUUUCGUUGACUCUGGAACAAAAAACUGGCUUUGCUUUUGUUGGGAUUUUGUGUAUCUUCUUAGGACUUCUUAUUAUUAGAUGCUUCAAAAUCCUGUUAGACCCGUACAGUAGCAUGCCUUCCUCUACAUGGGAAGAUGAAGUUGAAGAAUUUGAUAAAGGGACAUUUGAAUAUGCACUUGCGUGAGAGUUCCACCUUUAUGGUUUUUUAGAGUUAUGCCACUGGGACCCAUGGAAGAUACAACUGUAAUCUCGAGCAUGCUGGAAGAGGCUCACUUCAUCCACUAAAUUCAAUAAACAUGUAUGGUUGGCCAAGUCAUCUAAUCUCUAUGGACUUCAGUGAGGAAGCUAACCAGAGGAUUUUUAAUGUCCCUUUCAAUUCUAGUGCCCUAUGAACUCUGUGAACGUAUCGGGAAACCCAGAGAUCUGAGAUGAAUGAGGAUUUAGGAUGUUACGAAAAUUUUUUCAGUUUAGGAGUCUCAAUUCUGUGGUUUGAAUUCUAAUGUUGACUUAGCCAAGAAGCUUUAUGACCUAUAAAGCUGUCUAAGAGGAACCUUUCCAUAUCUACAAAAACAAGGAUAAAGAAACCUAUCCUGCAUAUCUUGUAGGAAUGUUGAGAGGACCAAGUGAUGUAAGAUGAAUGUGAAAGCAAUAUGAAAACCAUAAAACAUUGUUGAAACAUA